CAGUGUGACGUCACCGCCAGUGUGGUUUGGGUCGUCACCGUGGGAGGAUGUCGGCGGUGAUCGUAUUCGCUGUCUUUCUUCUCAUCUGCACUAUCCUAAAAUUUCUGAAUGUGACCAGCCCUCCAAGACCUCCUCGGCUACUCUCCAGUGACUCUAAAUUCCUGGAACUAGUGCUCAAGUAUUGCCCACACCUCAAUGAGACGUACGUGCCGGUACGCCUGUGGGGCAGCAGUGGGCACCUUCAAACGAUCGUGCACGCCACCGUAGGACGCACCUACUGUCCCCACGUGGUGCCCCGGCGGAUAGCGGCGCGGCAGGAGGACGGCGCCACAGUCACCUGGGAUCUCUACGAGCCGACAGGGGCGCCACAGACUGAUGAAGACUACACCAUCGCCGUGUGCCCGGGUAUCGCCAACAGCAGCGAGAGCACCUACGUCAGGUCCCUGGUGUCCCUGGCGUGCUCCCGCGGCUACAGGUGCAUAGUGCUCAACCACCUGGGAGUCCUGCCCCACGUCAAGGUCACCAGUCCCAGGGUGUUCAGAUACGGUCAAUCUGAUGAGCUUCACCUGAUGCUAACUAAGUAUGUGGAAGCUCGACCUGACACAAAGCUGAUACUGGUCGGGUUCAGCAUGGGAGGAAACAUUGUGUGCAAGUACCUCGGAGAACCCAACCGCACUCGCCCUGCCAACAUCAUGGGUGCCAUCUCCAUCUGCCAAGGCUAUGAUGCUGUCAAGAGCCUUCAGUUCCUGCUGGAAUGGAACAACCUGGCACGGCUCUACCUGUUCUCCAUGACAGAAAACAUGCGCUCUGUCAUCAUCCGACACAAGGAGGCGCUGCUCACUGAGGAGGUCAAGCGCCGCUACAAUAUUGAUGAGCGCAGGGUGUUGUCUGCCGCUACACUGCCUGAGCUGGAUGAGGUGUACACCAGACGCAUCUUUGGCUUCCGAAAUGUAGAGGAACUGUACCGCAAUGACAGCUCAGCCACCUACCUGGGCAAUGUCAAGGUGCCCAUCGUGUUCAUCAAUGCACGAGAUGAUCCACUGGUGCACCCCGACAUGCUCAACAUCCCUCAAGCAUUUGUCCAGACAAACAAAAACUCCUUAUACAUCGAGACUGAGCAUGGUGGUCACCUUGGCUACUAUGAUGGAGGCUACAUUGUACCGCGUGCUGUCACCUGGCUCGACCGCACUGUGGUCUCCCUCGUCACAGCACUCGCCAACAACAACCAAUAGAAGCAUGUCUCUUGUGAGGGAAGUGGGUGGGUGUUCCAGGCUAGCUCCACUGAACCUUUCAUAUCCCUUCAUGUCUGUUCUCCCCACUACUGAGAUUGCCACACCAAAUUUCUCACAGUUGCUACAGUUUCCAGAAUGAGCUUAGUCUAUCACUCUUCCAACCAUUCCUGAGCUUAGCCAACCCUUCUUCCCUUUCUGCCCCUCUGCUGGCACUGGAGACAGCAAGACAACACGCAAGCACACAUCCCAGUUAUGUACGAUCCGUGUGGUUAUGCUGUGAUGGUAAGUUAAGUUCUGUGUUGAAGUGGUGCUGGGGAGGAUGAUAGUAUAGUAUUUUAGAGUGUGGUGGAUUCCUUAUUGUGCCACACUUGUCCGUGCACUGACUGAGUGAUCCCAAUAAAUAUUAUGUCAUUCAUGGUGACCAUUAGAAACAUGAAAAACGGAUGCAAGAUGGGUAUCACUCAGGUUCUUGCUGCUCUACUGCUUCUGUUCUAUACUCCACUGGCAGGACAAGAAGCAGUAGUACUUGAAAGUUGCAUUGGAAUUGUGAAGUUGUGCCAUGCAUUCCUUUUUGCUAAGUUUCCCGGAUAGUGUGUCCAAGUCAGGUGCAGGACUUUUGUGGCAAUGACAAUUGCACACAAUGUUCCAUAUUUCUCUAAUAAAACAAAAACAAAGAAUAGGUUAUUUUUGUAUAUGAUGUAGGGUUAUUGUAUGUAUAUCUAUAGUUUAGUGUUUGAUUCUUCAAAUGAACCUGUGGUCACCUGGUUAUCUGGGCACUGUAGGCUAGGGAGUUACCUAGUCAGGCUGCCUGCAGCCAUCAGGUUCUUCAUGAAGUGAGCCAAACUGUGCCAUCAGAGAAGAAGAAAAA